AUGCCUUCUGGACAGGGUAUCCAUCUCCCUGACGAGAUCGUCGAAUUUAUCGUGGGCUGGCUGUAUGAGCUUCCUCGCCACAGAACGCCUGACAGUCAAGACCACCGGAGCCCGGAUUUGAAGAGACAGAUAGACCUGUGGGCUUUCUGUGCUGUUUCUCGCCAAUGGUAUCGAGUCGGUCUUCGGCACCUUUAUCGCUGCCCAGCACUAUGGGAGAACAACAGCUUUGCACUUUUCAUGAGAACUGUCAAGGGGGCCAGCCCAGACCUAGGGUCGAAAGUCAUGAUAUUGAAUUUGCAGAAAUUGCAACACCAAAGUAGCCCUAGCCAAACUGCCCGGCUGAUCAGCUGGACAAAGAAGGGCUUACGAAGUUUCUUCGCCCCUCGUGUCUCAUUUGCGACCAACUGCCUGGCCCCGCUGUCCAAGUGCAAUAACAUCACUAUGCUAGAUCUCAGUCUUGUCGGCGGAAGAUCAUUCAGUUUUUCGCGCUUGAAGAAGGCUAUUUGUAGCCUUCCAAAAAUCUCCACACUCCGUUUACCAAUCUCCGUCCCAAUCACUGACCCGAAUGACUCCACAGGCCAAUGGCCAUCCAGUCUAUGGAAUAUGCACAUAGGAGGACUUCUUAUUCCAACGGUCAUGUUGUCAUUUCAGUGGCCGCCGAAUAUCAGCUGCUUAACGGUUUCAGGAUGCCUCGAUCUGAACCCGGAGGUCUUAGAAAGCCUACUGGGAAACACACAGCUCCGAGAUUCGCUGAAGUCCUUGACCCUGAGACCUGACAACAGGUACAUAUUCGAUGAUUCUAGUGCCAUUCUAUAUGAAAUGGCUGCUUUGUAUCAUCUCGAGAUUCCCGUGGAUUUGAUGUACCCCCUUUGCAUCCUGCCCAGCUCCUUCGACAGUCUGCCCAUCCGACAUCUCGUGCUGUCGAAGCCAUACGACGAAGAAUUCUGGAAAUCAGCCUCAAAUCCCGAUGAUAAUUCUUUCAAGAACAGAAUCGCGGAGGAUAUUUACGAAGCGUUGGAUGAAGGAGAAAGCCUUUCAAAUAUUUGGACUCUGGGCGUCGAUCCAAAAUACAAGCCCUGGGCCUGCGAGCACCAGCAGGACGGAAUUGAGGCUGCAAUCAUACAUCAUCUAGAUGACUUCCUGGAUGAAGAGCUCGAUGAAAUGCUCUUUGAGGAGAUGGGAAUUUACUGGGCUUCAGGAUAG